CAACACCGACGCCGACUCUGAAGCAGCAGAUGAACUCCCAGCCCAAGAACCAGCCACAGCCAGUUCGUAUCAAGAGGACAUCUGGACACACGUUUUACUGUUGGAUCUUUAUACAGCGGACGUUUUCACGUAGCUGAUGUCGACUGGGCUGAUAAAAGUAAAAGAAGUAUAUAUUCAAUUCCUCCGGAGAACCCCGCAACUCGGGGGUUGAACUGCUUUAUCCUGCUAGAUCUAGUUGGGCAAGGAGCAACACACGGAACAUGGAGGGCCUGCACUCCCACUGCCUCAAGUGCUUCAACAGAAGAUGCAUGCUGAGACCAGAGGCCGGCGUGUGCUGCACCCUCAUCUGCUGCCCUCUGGUCUGCGGGGCAGUUUUUCACUCCUGCAAACAAGAGGAACACCGCCUGCUGUGCCCGUAUGAACGGCUGGCGUGCCUCAACAGCGGAUUUGGCUGCCCGUUCACUAUCCCGAGGAUCAGGAUGGCAAAGCACCUGGCCACGUGUCCGGCCAGUAUAGUGUGCUGCACCAUGGAGUGGAAUCGCUGGCCCGUGAGCUACUCUGACCGCAAGUCCUAUGAAAACUUGAGCAAAGACUUUGACGAGGUGGAGCAGCUAGACAUGGCCUUGGCUCUGCAGGAUCAGAGGAUGCUGUUGGAGUCCCUGAGAGUCACCACCAACGUGUCAAAGAAUAGCGAUAAAGCAGCAAAUGAAAGCGAUAAAAUGGCCACCGCGUCGAGUCUGCCAGAGACAGUGUUGGGUACCGCAACAGUGGAAAUGGAGGAAGUGCCCUAUAGUGGCUUAUACAGAGCUUCAAUGGAGACAAGCAGAAGUUUAGCAGCGGCCUUGGACAUCCUCAGCAAUGGCAAGGACAUUGGGGUUAUUGUUGGAAAUUUGAAUGGCGAAGAGACAGGGAAAAAUGAACCGCUCCAAAAUGGUGAUGGUCAUGUCGCGGAGGGUGGGAAGAAUGUAGAUAUGCAAGGGAGCGACUCUGAUUCAGAGUGUGAGCUCGGAGCGGUGGGCGGUGUGGAUUGUGCAGUCGAGACUGAUAGACAGGAUGAGGCCACCGGCUGGGGAGAAGGAAAUGAUUUUGUGGAGUUGUUUUUUGAAGAGAAGGACAACAUUGUCGAGGAGACGAUAAAUGACUCCAACCAGGUCUGGCCGGAGUUGCCUCAGGAUUACAUGCCGGUUGUAGCGCUGGAACCUCCUGUGCCACAACAAGCACCGGUCCCACAUCCGAUGCCUUUCCUGCUGUCCGAGCACGUGAGGAAUAACUUCUUACAACAGUUGCCUACUGAACUCCGGUACAGGUGUUUGGAGCGUAAGCUGCAGAACGUGGAAGUGCUUCGAGGGAUGAAUAUGUUUACGUUCAACGGACGCCGGGCGCUGCUGUCGGACCCGUACCUGUUUCGAGCAAAGAUGGAGGACAAGUCGGUAGACACGUCGGAUCUUGAAGUAGCAGACGACCCCAUGGGCCUCCACGGCAUCGAUCUCAUCACUGCGGCGUUGCUCUUCUGCCUGGGCGACUCUCCGGGGGGGAGAGGAAUCUCGGACAGCAGGUUUGUCGACGGCUACCACAUUGACUUCGGCACCCAGACGUUCUCCUUCCCGUCGGCCAUUCUGGCCACCAACACCAUGGUGGGAGACAUCGCUUCAGCCUCAGCCUGCGAUCACGCCAGCCCGCAGCUCUCCAAUCCGAGCCCCUUCCACACCCUCAGGCUGGACCUGGUGCUCGAAUGCGUGGCUCGAUACCAAACCAAGCAGCGCUCCAUGUUCACGUUUGUGUGUGGGCAGCUAUUCCGGCGAGAUGAGUUCUCUUCUCAUUUCAAAAAUGUUCACGGGGAUAUUCACGCGGGACUCAAUGGCUGGAUGGAGCAACGUUGCCCCUUGGCCUACUACGGCUGCACCUACUCCCAGCGGCGAUUCUGCCCGUCCGUACAGGGCUUCAGAAUCAUUCACGACCGGCACCUCGGCUCCUUCGGGGUCAAGCCGGGUUUGCCCUUGAACGCUGGGGAAAACCUUCCAAAAAAAACCCGGCGCCUUGGCUCCCGGUGCGAUCAGUUCAGCAAUCUUCCAUUCGAAGUGUUGCAGCAUGCAGCAAGUUUCCUGGACAGCUUUAGCUUGUGCCAACUGUCCAGGGUGUCCCGCACCAUGAGGGACGUGUGCGCCAGUCUGCUUCAGAUGCGCGGCAUGGUCGUCCUGCUGUGGGAGAAGAAGCGGCGUGCCGACGGGUCUCCUACAUGGCAGAUCACCGACAAGGUGUGGCGAUUCAGCACGGCCUUUGGCACGGUGAACGAGUGGAAGUUCGCCAACAUCGCCAGCAUGGCCGACCACCUCAAGAAGUGCCAGUUCAAUAAGGUUGCCCGGCGGGAAGAGGCGAUCCCUCUGCCGUGCAUGUGCUUCACCAGAGAGCUCACAAAGGAAGGAAGGUGUUUACGCUCAGUUCUCAAACCGGUAGCCUAAGGGAUUCUGAAAGAUGAAGACAUCUUUUGGACUUUUCGGAGACCAUUAGAACUCAAAAACCUGUGCAUUUCCCUCCAGUGUUUACAGACGUACGUCUCUUUCUGCCUCAAAAGCAAGUCCUGGUUGAAACUUUGGAUUGUGUUUUGCCCUUUGCCUCACGUUUGAAAUAAUCUUCACUGUGAGUGGCUGACGUGCUUAUCACAGAUCAGGAUCGUAAACCAGCUAAAAAAAAGGCUUGCAUUCUAAUGGAUUUAUUAACACCAGUGUACUAAGUUUUACCUUCAUCUGCUCUGACAUGAAAAAACAGAUGUAGAUUUUUAUUUACAGUACUGCGCUACAAAGGAGGUAAGAGUACAGCCUUAACUUAUGAUACUUGAUUUUGUAGGCACGAGGUUGAACAUCUCUGUGAGAUUUACUCUUUUCUUGCACGGUUUUAUAUUUUUUCCUGAUACCCAGAGUGACCACAUGUGUUCUGCUUUGAGCUUAGUCUACAUUUAAGACCAAACAUCUGUGGUAAGCAACUUCACUGGAUUUUGUUUCCAAUGUGAGUGUUGAUUUUUGUUCACAAGCACGUAUCAUCACGUUUGCCGUUUUUUAAAUGCAGGGUGGUCCGGCACAUUAUAGCAGUAAGAGGAUGCGGUCCAUCCUCCUUUUAUCUUAUCUCACCUCUGACUAAUGGGCCGUCAUGUUAGGCGGGUGGCAGAUGAGGCGACACUACUCACCAGCCAAAAGGUUUUAGCUGUGGUUGGUUUGUUCCACCAGCAACAUUUAACCAGCAAUCGUGUGACGGUUUUACACAAAAACAAAUGUAGCAAAUAAAAUGAUGAAUGUACUCGAUGAAUAAAAGAAUCCAUCAGUGACUGAGGAGCUCGGUUUGCCUCCCUUGGCGUCAGACCUCAUAAAACCCUGCAGGACAGGUAAUGAACGGGCGGUAAUGAGCACCACUAAUUGUGUUAGUUUUCAUUAUUUAUCAUGGUUGUUGGUUGAUUUUGUCAUUACACGUCCACUGUUCAAAUGUGUUGGCGUCUCAGGGUCGUAGCGUGAAGCUUUGUCGCGCAGCACAUGCCGCGUGGCCGUCAAGACCAGCUGACUCGUCAGCUGGUGGAUUAUUACGGGGUCUAAGGAGGCCGCACUGGUGAGCCGCUCAGUAUUCUAACAACAUUACAGUGUUUUUCAGUGCGGGGCGACCGGAUGACACGUUGGCCGUCCAUCCGUGUCGUGUUUUUAACGGCGCACCUGGAACAGGCAGCAGAAAAGCUGCGUUCUGUGAGGCGAUCACACUUUAAAACACAAUUUAGAAACACGGUCUAAGGAAACACAUUUGGCUCAAUUAUGUCAACAUGUUUUGCAAUGUGCAUUGGAGAUUUUUUGACAGUAUCACUGUAAAAGUAAGCAAUUACUGCUAAGAAACGGUUCUAAUACUUUGAAGGAAUUUGAUGUUUUUUUUUUAUUUUAAAGAUAUUUUUGAAGUUUGAUGUAAAGCCCAAAAGACGACAACUAAGCUGUGUUUUUACUCUGUCCAUAUCAAUGUUUGUUUUAUUUCUUUUGUACAGGUACUGUUAUUUGAAGAAAAAAAAUAAUUUGCCUCCUAUCUAGAUUUGAAUUGCACAUGAAUGCAUGUACUGUACAAUUUGAAUUAUAAGGCUGAUCUUUGCCUAAGUACCAGAAUUUCCCUCCCACAUGUUUUGCAUUAGAGUUUGACACCUUUGUAAAUGAACAGUUUGUCAGUGAAGUGCAUUUUCAUAACAUUUUUUUAAACUUGUCAUAUUAAACAAUCGUCCUCAGCCA